AAUUGUAUCUGAGAGAUCAGCCUGGAGACCUCAGGGCCAGGCGCGUCAGUCGGAGCGCAAUUGUUGAUCAGAUCACAUCCAGCGGACUUUGCGCGAGAAAAGAGAGGAAGCCGAGAUUUAAAAGCGGUUUAUUAUGACUGCAUACCAUUGUACGUCUAUAGUAGCUGUGACUUUGGCUUGAACACUUUCUCUUUACUCCUCCGGGUUCUUUUUUUCUUUUUUCUCUAGCACACCUUUUUUUUUUUUUUUUUACGCACAGUUUUGUCGGACGAUACAGCCGUGCGACUAUUCGGCGGUGGAGAUGUCUUUCCCCCAGCUAGGCUACCCGCAGUACUUAAGUGCCUCCCAGGCGGUGUACGGGAGCGAGAGACCGGGAGUGCUUACGCCUUCGUCCCGGGGAGGGAGCACGGAAAUCGGGGGAAGUCCGUCCGCCACCGCAGCGGCGGUCACCUCGGUGUUGGGCAUGUACGCCAACCCGUACGCACACAACUACAGCGCUUUCUUACCGUACACCAGCGCGGACUUGGCUCUUUUCUCACAAAUGGGAUCCCAGUACGAGCUGAAGGAGAGUCCUGGCGUCCAUCCCGCCAGCUUCGCAGCCCACACGUCUCCGGCCUUCUACCCGUACAGCCAGUUCCAGUACGGGGACCCGGCCAGGCCCAAGAACGCCACCCGGGAGAGCACCAGCACCCUGAAGGCCUGGCUCAACGAGCACAGGAAGAACCCGUACCCGACCAAGGGGGAGAAGAUCAUGCUGGCCAUCAUCACCAAGAUGACGCUGACGCAGGUCUCCACAUGGUUCGCCAACGCCAGGAGGAGGCUCAAGAAGGAGAACAAGGUGACCUGGGGCAGCAGGAGCAAAGAGGACGGGGAGGACGGGAACUUGUUCGGCAGCGGCGACGAGGCGGAGAAAAACGAAGACGAGGAGGAGAUCGAUUUGGAGAGCAUAGAUAUAGACAAAAUCGACGAUAACGACGGGGACCAGAGCAACGAGGACGAUGAUGAUAAAUCCACGGAGGGAAGCAGGGAGCUCAGGAGCGGCGUGGGCGCGGGGGGGGAGCUGGACAGCUUGGAGAAAAGACGGGCAUUCGCCCUGCAGGCCCACGAGGCCUUUGACAAAUCUAAGAGCACAAUUACAGCUCACCCAGGGAGUAAGGAGAACUCGGACGGCAGCAGCAACAACACCAGAGUUUUAUCCCCGGAUCGACCCGGGAGCUUUCCUCUCCCGUCUAACAACAAGCCGAAAAUCUGGUCUUUAGCCGAGACAGCCACUAGUCCCGAUAGUUCCUCUCAGAAACCCACGUCCCCGUGUGGCCCAGCGGCCACCACGCACACCCCAGCGCCGCACCACCAGCUCCAGACCCACCCGGCCUUCCUGCCCAGUCACGGACUGUACACCUGCCAGAUUGGAAAGUUCCACAACUGGACAAAUGGGGCUUUCCUGGGCCAGAACUCCCUGCUGAAUGUGAGGUCGUUUCUGGGAGUAAACCAUCACCACCACCACAACCAGCAGCAGCACUUGGCGGCCCAGCAGCAGCCGACUUCAGUGGUGGUGUCGCCGGGAGCAGCAGCGCUCAGCAACGACAGCAAGGCCCGGGCAGAGACGCACAGUCCCAAGCACAUAGAGCAUGAAAACGGUGUAAGGUCCGAUUCACCGCCAACGCAGAUCCUAAAGUCUUCCUUUCGACCCAUCCAUGACAGAUCCUCUCUGCCUUCCAGCGCCAGGAAUCCACAAGACGCCACGCAACGAGUCCUCACCGCUCUCUCCUCGGCUUGAUCAACACUGUUGGUUUUUUUUUUUAUGUGCUUGAAAAAAAAAAGAAAAGAAAAAAAAGGAAAAUGACUUUUACACUCCCUAAAAAGGACACUGAGAAAUUAUAAUGCAGCGUAGCGUUCACUCGGUACAGAACAAAUGGCGUAAUUUGGUAAUAUCCUGUGGAUGGAUGGAUUACUUCCUCUAUUGUUGUGUAGCCUAUAAUCGCGCCUAUAAUGUUACUCUCUCUCUCUCUCUCUCUCUCUACUUUGCCCAGGAAAGCUGGGACAUUUUGGUAGGCUUUUUACUUUAUUAUUAUUAUUAUUAU